AUGCAGCUCCUUCUCUAUCUUGCACUUCUCGUCGGUUUCAGUGCAUCUGCAGAAAAUGUAUGGUAUCGAGCCUUUUCCUACCUUUUCAAACGAAGUAUUAUACUCACAGGAGAAGUUAAAGACAGUGUAGCGGCUGGAUAUUAUCCAUCACCGCAACCGGAUCCAAGCUAUGGCUAUUAUAAACCACCCUAUAACCAGCCACCAUAUCAACCGCAAUACUAUCCACCGCACUACGGCGGACCCCAGUAUGGGCGCCCCAACUAUGACGAACUCACUUUUCCAGUUGCUUACUGCUCGGUUCAUGCUUCGUUUCCUCUCGUCGGAGCUAAGAGGUACGAAAGAGAUUACGAGCGCCGCCACCAUGGUCGCCGACAUCGUAGAUAUGAACGGCAGUCAUGUCGCUUCACGGCGAUCUUCUCGUGGGAAUCUUGCAAUACGUGUUGCAGAGUCGCCAGCCGAACAAAUGGAAACGUUUACCCGAAUGAAAUAGUUGGUGCGCUGUUCGUGUUCGAUCCCGAUUUGGACUUCUACCACGGUGACGAUCCAGAGGAGGUUGGUGUGAAAUUUUAUGCCUUGCAUUUCGACGUCUUCAUCUUAUUCGGAGCUGGACGGAUCGGAACCGACGCUUCACAGCUGGCCACUGGAGGCUUGUGGUCGAUCGACUUGAAUCCAGAGGAGGAAGCACCGUUUGGAUGGAGUAGCCUCAACGAGCAGUGUCUUUCCAUACGAGGCGGUUGUUGA